UUAACAUUAAUGGACGAAACAAAGCCGAAUACUGUCACCGUAUCAUCAGAAAUGUCAUCAUCACUUUCAUUGACAUCGUCAUCAUUAGAUGCUUGGGACAUUAAUAGUUUUCACUUUGAUGGCAAUCUAAGUGCAUUAACUACUACGAUAAUGUCAACGACAACAACAGCUAUAACAACGACAUUAACGAAUGUGUCGAGCGAGAGUGUAGAGCCUUCAAUCAUUUCAAAUAUCAUAAAAAUGGAUUGGCAUAAAGCGAUUGCUGUUCCUAUACUAAUGCUGCUCAUUUUGGUUACCGUCGUUGGUAACACUUUAGUGAUUUUGGCCAUUUUAACAACACGUCGUUUGCGUUCAGUAACAAAUUGUUUUAUUCUAAAUUUAGCCAUCACCGAUUGGCUGGUCGGUACAUGUGUUAUGCCACCAGCUGUUAUCGUCUACAUUGAGGAUACUUGGCGUUUUGGUUGGAUAUUAUGCGAUAUUUGGAUCUCAUUAGAUAUUCUAUUAUGCACAGCUUCCAUACUUAGUCUAUGUGUUAUCAGCUUAGAUCGAUAUUUAGCUGUAACGCAACCUUUAAAUUAUUCAAAAAAUAAACGCACUAAACGCUUGGCUUUCUAUAUGAUAUUUAUUGUCUGGAUAACUGCGCUUUGUAUCACUUGUCCGCCAUUUUUUGGUUGGUACGAGCCGGGUCGUCAUAAGAAGGAUAGCAAGAAAUAUUGUCGCUAUAAUCAAAAUAAAGGAUACGUGGUGUUCUCGGCAAUGGGUUCAUUUUUCAUACCAUUAACGGUUAUGCUUUAUGUUUACUUAAAAAUUGGAUAUGUGUUGACAUCCCGUCGCCAACGUAUCGUACGAGAUGCUACUUCCGAACGCACUGCUGAUCAUGAAAUCGAUAAUGAUCAAUUUUUAUCGGAAUCGGAACACUUUGAAUCCGAUCAUCAAGAAUUAUCGGCGAAACGUUGCGUUCUAGAUGGCAUGAAUGGUAAAGCGAAUAGUUUAAAGCACUUUAAAAAUUUAAAUCAUCAAAGGAUGGAAAGAACUCAAUUUGAUAUCAUCGCAGCAGCGACUCAUUGCUCGGCAAAAGAUUAUAAAUAUGAAGAUUCAAUUUAUAUGAAGAAGCGUGCGAUGAGUUUUUGCCUGAACGAUGCGCAAAUAACAGCGUCCGAUGUUAAGCGUUACUGUAUCAAUGAUGGCGGUGGUAGUAAAGGCUCUUUUUCGGAAACUUGCCUAACUUCGGUAAUGGAGCAACAGAGUCAUUUAAUUAAACAUCAUUGUCAUCAUCAACACCAACAUAAUCACCAUCAUCAUCAUCAUCAUCGAGUGCCAAUGCGUAUGUCGACUAUGAAACGUGAAACAAAAACUACAAAAACUUUAAGUAUGGUAAUGGGUGGUUUCAUAAUCUGUUGGCUGCCAUUUUUCAUAUAUUAUUUAUUAAUUCCAUUCCUGCCUCAAUAUGCUGUACAGCAAUGGUUAAUGUCAUUAUUAACCUGGAUAGGUUGGGUAAAUUGUGCCAUCAAUCCAUUUAUUUAUGCCUUUUAUAAUCCGGAUUUUCGUGCGGCAUUUUGGCGUUUAACGUGUCGACACAUUUGCAAACCAAAAUUACCAAUAAAUCGUUUUAAAGCUUAAACUUAGUUUUGCAAUACGAAAAGUGAAAAGAAAAUCUUAAAAGAUUUUUAUUAUUCCAACUCGUAUGCACCAAUGUAAACAAACUAGACAAAUUUAAAUCAUUUUCUCAGUGUAAGUUCUAAAGCAAAUAUUGCUGUACCUGGUAAGAAGCAAGGAAAUGACUUGGAGGAGGAGAAAAGUAAAGAUAUAUAAUAUGUGUUAAAACAAGAAAGUAGUUCCAUACGGUUUGAUUCGAAUAUCUUCAUACCUAUCAUUACUAGGAGAUAACUAUCGUAUCGUAAAUAUUUUAAAUUCUCGUUUUUAUGCGGUUUUGUACUAACUAAGCAUAACUUUUUCUGAACGCAUACGGGCGUAAUGCAUUGUGUGGUUUUCUGGCAAUAAUUGAUAAAUUCGUGAGCCAACUUAACCGAUCUUCAAGCUCCCCUCGGGGAUACGAUUAAGGAAGGGGAAACUAUUUCAUACAUUCUGGAGUUAAAAAUAAUUUAAAGCGAAGGGGAAAAUUACCUGCGAGGAUCGAUUUUCUAAAGGGAAGGUGAUAAGAGAAUGUUUAUUCCUAAGCGGGACUUACUAGCUGCGUUAACAGUUUCUCUCCGCUAAAAUUGGUUGCUUGGGCAUAAACCGAUUCAGUGGAAAUGUCUUUUUAGGACCUCAAUAACGAAGUAUAAAUCUACGGGGUUACCCAUGCAUGUUUCCAUGCGUUACUAGUAUUUGGCAAAUCUGGUGUACUAUGCGUGACCUAGACACAGAUUUAAACACAACAUCUCGACACAACCCAAAAUGUUUCGCAAUUGAAAGAGAGAAUUAUAAGACCUAGUAAACGUAAAUGUAUACUAAUCCUUAUGUUUUUAUUGCACAAUUAUUUGAAUCAAGAAUUAAAUGGAAAACAAAAUUUUC